AUGAGGCGUUCCCGCUCGCCGGGCUCGCCCUCGCCCUUUCGAGCCCUGGCCCACCACCACCUGACCAAUUCGAACCCAAAGGACAGCAUCGCCCUCAUCCGCUCCUUCAACAAUGAAACCAACCCCUCGCGCCCUAUACGGCCCUCUCCCCUGACCGCCUCCGUCAUCCGCGACAUGCCCCAGGACCUCGUCGACCGCAUCCGCUCCUUCCCCCUCUUCUCCUCCGCCCCGGACGACUUCUUGCUCGAGAUUGGCCACCACCUCAAGCCCCAGAUCCACGGAAUGCACGACCUCAUCAUGACCGAGGGCGACGACGCCAAGGCCAUGUACUGGCUCGUGAGGGGCGUCGUCGCCGUCACCUCGCGAGACGGGGAGGCCGUCUACGCCGAGCUCAAGCCGGGCGCCUUCUUCGGCGAGAUCGGCGUCCUCAUGGACAUGCCCCGCACCGCCACCAUUGUUGCCCGCACAAAGUGCCUCCUGCUCGUCCUCAAGAAGGAGGAGCUCCACGCCGUCAUGCCAAAGUACCCUGACAUGGAGAUGGCCAUCCGCCAAGAGGCCCACGAGCGACUCACCCUGCUCAACAAGCGCCGCGCCGCCGCCGAGACGGGACCCGCCGACGCCCAGAACAGCGCAAAGGGCGACAUUGCCGCCCGCACCGCCGCCCCCGGCGAGGUCUCCAAGGGCGAGACCGGUCAUAUCCGCGACGGCACCACCGUCGUCGCCAAAUCCUCGAAGAAGCGCAAGUCGCCCAGCCCGGGCAUCAUCGACGACCCCGCCGCCCCCGGAAGCAGCGCCAUCGGAAGCGGCCUCGUCAGCAUCCGCCACACGCUCAAGGAGCUUCCCCUAUUCUCCUCCCUCCCGCCCGACAUCCUCCACUUCCUGGGACUGAGCGCUCACCCCAGGGCCUACGCGCCCUUCACCGACAUCGUCCGUCAGGGAUCGCCCGGCAGCGACAUCUACUUCAUAGUCAGGGGCGAGGCGGAGGUCAUACACGAGCCCCCGCGCACCGCCGGCGCCUCCUCGGCCGAGACCAUGCCGCCGGUCCGCCAGCGUCCGAGACUCAGGCAGGGACAGUAUUUUGGCGAAGUCACCAGCCUGGGCUACUCUCGGGCGCGCACCGCCACGGUCCGAUCCAUCACGACGGUCGAGUGCCUCGUGAUCCCGGGCGACGCCAUGGACGAGCUGUGGAAGCGCUGUCCGGGCGAGAUCAGGUCGCAGGUGGAAGAGACGGCUAGGAUGCGUCUCACUCGGGAGGACCGGGAUGUCGAUAUGAAGGACGGCAGCGCGGACGAGGACGGACCGGAUCCGACGGCGAAGCCGACCGAGAGGGCCGGUCCCCCCGCGCCCCUAAAACCAUCGCCCCUGGUCACGCUCACGACGCCUUCGAAACCGUCGUCGCCGAGCAAGGACGACGGUGAGACGAUGGAGCACCCGGACCCGGAUCCAUUCCUCAGCGUCAACAUGGAGAAUCUGCGGAAUAGGAGACGUCAUUCGCUGGCGCCGCCUACACUGCAGACCGAGUCGUUGACCAACGGCAUCCACCACCCGCACUCCCAGAGCUCUUCAUCCUCUCCGACGACGAGGAGCCAGCAGAGGUCUGGCUGGAACCGCGACGAGCCCGAGGCACCGCUGGACUCUGACAUACCCGCCAAGAGGGUCAAGACGCUCCCGCAGAGACCGGCGAAGACGACGACGCCCUCGCUAUCCGACGACCUGCUGGUGAACAUCUUCUCGUACGCCGACAUUGGCGAGCUCUUGCGGCUCCGACAGGUCAACAGCCACUGGCGGCGUCUGGUGCGGUCCUCUGAUAGGGUGUGCCGCGUGGUCGACCUGUCCAUGUACAACCGCACGGUGACGGACCAGAUCGUCAGCCAGGUGGUGGCGCCUUUUGCCGGCCACCGCGCCGAGAUCAUCGACAUCAGCAACUGCUUCCACAUCUCGGACGAAGGCUUCGCCGCACUGUGGAGACAGUGCGGGCGCAACGUCAAGAGAUGGCGCAUGCGGUCGGUGUGGGACGUAUCGGCCAGCCAGAUUCUCGAGAUGAGCGAGAAUGCCAAGGGGCUGGAGGAGGUGGACUGGAGCAACUGCCGCAAGGUGGGGGACAACCUGCUGGGAAGGGUGGUAGGAUGGGUCGUGCCCGAACCGCCGCCUUCGAACCGCCAGAUCGUCCUCCCGGAACCGGGGAAGUCCAAGAGACAGGUUCAGGGGGAGACGCCUUCCCCGCAGCCGAGACAGCAACAGCAACAGGCCAGGGCCAACCCCAGCAUGCCCGCCCCCGGCACCGUGAUCGGCUGUCCCAAGCUGAACACGCUCAACCUCUCCUACUGCAAACACAUCACCGACCGGUCGAUGGCGCACCUGGCCGCGCACGCCUCGAGCCGGAUCGAAUCGCUCUCGCUGACGCGCUGCACAUCCAUCACAGACGUGGGCUUCCAGUCCUGGACGUCGUUCAGGUUCGACCGGCUGUGGAACCUCUGCCUGGCAGACUGCACGUACCUGUCGGACAAUGCCGUGGUGGCGCUCGUCAACGGGGCCAAGAACCUGACGCACCUCGACCUGUCGUUCUGCUGCGCCCUCUCGGACACGGCGACGGAGGUGGUGGCGCUGGGUCUGCCACGGCUGCGGGAGCUGAGGCUCGCCUUUUGCGGGAGCGCCGUCAGCGACGCCAGCCUCGGAAGCGUGGCGCUGCACCUCCACGACCUGCAGGGGAUAAGCGUCCGCGGCUGCGUGCGCGUCACGGGCAAGGGCGUGGAGAGCCUCCUCAGAGGCUGCGGGGGGUUGUCCUGGCUCGACGCAAGCCAGUGUCGGAACCUGGAGCCGUGGAUCCGUUCCGGCGGAGUGGGGAGGUGGGGGUACGACAGUCGGCUGGGCUCUCCUUCUCCCCCCCCCUUCUCGUCUCUAUCGCCCCCCUCCUCCACGUCGUCCCUGUCACCCCCUCCGGCCAGCACGAGGACGUCCUCUCCCGCCUCGCCGCCAGAGAUGCGGCCGCUGUCCCAGGCCACGGGCGGCAUCCCGUUGCAGGCUCAUGGGAGGUACAGACGGCCAGUGAGGUUCAUCAUCGAGAAAGGUGGUGGACUCCGAUGA